AUGUGGUAUGUCGUGCAUUUCACAAAGUCGGGCAAAAAUGUUGUUCUUCCCGAAAAAUGGAUUCGUGGACUAAAUGAUCACAUGGAAAACUUCUUAAACAAUCGAAUCAACACUGCUCAGAAAUUUUUGUUCUUCUUUUCUGCUGAGAAUGAAGCCAUGGUUCAAGGACGUCCGAACGAAAAUUUUGAACCGAAAUUCCACAUGAACAUCGAUGGUGAAUUUCCAGAUGAAGGCUGCUAUUUGGGAAAUAUUUUGAAAGUAAAACGUAAGUUUAAAAAAACGUGUGUUCAACCAUUUGCAAGCAGCAGUAUUUUAUUUAGAAAAAUCCUUUUUUCAGAAAAUUAUGAUGAUGCCGGGACUUACGCUGCAAAGCGUAGACAAAUUGGAGCACCUAUUUACAAUGAACGACGCCUCUUCGAGAAACCAAUUCCAAACAUCGCACCAGAAGUAGACGCAACUGACGAACUUGAAGUUGAUGAUGCAAUCGACAUGGCAGAUCAUGGAAUGGAUCCUUUGCACAGUUCUGGUAGUUCCAUUUUUGGAAACAAUGAAAAUAACGACUUCCAAGAAGAUUUUGCUAACAAUACUGAAGAGCAAAUUGAACCAAAUUCAGAACAAAGCAUGCGACUAGUUGAUGCCGGUGCAAACGUUCGAUCACAGAUCGAUUCAGCCGUGCACAAUACUGAAUCACAAAACGUUGAACGUCGUUUUGACGGUAGUCAAGAUGAAGUUGCAGCAAGUGAAAAUGAUGUGGCACAGAACAAUGCUGUCCAAGAGGUUAAUCUUUCCGAAUCGAAUGUGUCACAACGGUCCACCGAACACGAGGCAAAUACGUCUUUGCAACCGACAAAUGGUGUCGAUUCCAAUGGAGCUGCAACAAGUGAAAAUGAUGUGGCACAAAACAAUGCUGUCCAAGAGGUUAAUCUUUCCGAAUCGAAUGUGUCACAACGGUCCACCGAACACGAGGCAAAUACGCCUUUGCAACAGACAAAUGGUGUCGAUUCCAAUGGAGCUGCAACAAGUGAAAAUGAUGUGGCACAAAACAAUGCUGUCCAAGAGGUUAAUCUUUACGAAUCGAAUGUGUCACAACAGUCCACCGAACAGGAAGCAAAUACGGCUGUGCAACAAACAGAAGGCAUCAAUGUCUACGUACCCAUAAAAGGUGAACCUGUUCCAUUGUUCGAACCGAUAAAUAACGAUGAUGAGCUGCAGGAGUUGUUGGCAACUCCAACUGAUGACGAACUUUUGAUUGAAGAGGAAGGUGAUAUGAUAAUCACGCGGGUAAGAGGACAGGUCAUCCAACCAAUGAGAAGCACCAUAGACGGGCUUGUCAAACGUGAAAAGUAUGUUGUUUCAGGCAAUUUGCCGUUCAAUGAAACCGUAUGUCUUUGACAAAAAUAAAUAUUCUAGUAUAAUUUUUAAUCAUUCCCUAUUUCCUCAAUUGUAUAGAAAACGGGCAGAGUGUAAAAAAUCAAUGGGAAGAUGUUUGAAAUUCCAGACAACGUCAUAAAAUCGUUCAAAGACUGGAACCUUUGUGUCGAGAAAAAAAACAAUACCGAAUACGAUAAGCGGAUGGUUCGUGUUAUCCUCCUCAUGUGCAUGGACUCUGCCACUCUCGGCCGGAAGGAAAUUGAUGAAGGAACGAUGGAAUUUAUAACAAGUCUAUUAUCUGUUCGUGUCUCUGGCGUAGAAAACAGAUUGGAUGCGUUGGAAGCAUACGUCAAAAAGCUUUGUGACGAAAAAACGAUGAAUGACAACUAAGCAUUACAACGUUUAUCAAGAUUUUCAAUCACGUAUAUAUUUUCGUUUUUAUUUUACGGUGCGAAACACCAGUGGCAAUUUUGAAGGUGUUAAUAGCUAAUAACUGGACUGAAUUAGCUAUAAUGAUAUAUAUA